AUCACAUUUAUCUUCAGACACCAUCAAAUUAAUAACGACAAAAACCAACACAACUCCAUAAUAAAUGUUGACAGCUGUGCGACCACUGUUGUGUCCUUAAGUGGAGAAGGCAAUGAGGCAGGAAAGGGUUUUCUUUCUUUCUUUCGAAUGGGCUUUCAGAGAAGCGUUCUUCUUUUUAAAGGAGGUUUCAUCGCGUUAAAGAGACGUGAGAAGAUGAGCCAUUAUGAUUCUCCUCUCAUAAGUUCUUAUUAAAAACUUGACUCAGAUAAAUCCAUGUCGUUCGGUUCCAAGAAAAAUAGAUUUUUAACGACAAGCAACAGGGCGGCGAUUAAAAUGCAAAGCAGCCUACCUACGCCUUCCCUCCAGCGUUUCUACUUGAGCAGGACUCUCCAGACGCCACGUCAGGCACUCAGAGAGCAGGAGUCCCCGUUUCCAUCUCGGCUGUGGAAACUGAGGAGGAGGCAAAGGCAGGAAGGGCUGCUGGGUGCACGUCCUCACAGCGCAGCCGGGGCAAGACUGCACCUGAGAGCGCCGGGGGCUUCCGGCCGCGGGCGGAUCGGAUGGCCGGACCCCGCCCCGCUGCACGCGGCCUCUCCGGGGCCGAGACCACGGCGCACCCACCUGUCGCGGCCUCCUAGCAGCCACACCCCUGGCGGCCGGGCGCGCGCGGCCCCGCCGCACCGCACCUCGGCGCAAGCAGCUCAGGUGGGCGCCGAGCUCCACCCGCGCCCCGCUUCCUGCAUGACACAGGCCGGACGCCGCAGGGCUGCUGGGUCAGCGCGCAGUAUACACCACCCAGCGAGAGGACGCCGACUGACCGGUCACGUGACGCGCCGGUCACGUGCCCGACGCGCCCUGGGCAAAAAAAAAAAAAAACACGUUGCUGGGGCGACCUGGGGCGCUAGGAAGGCGGGGCAGCGGAGGCCCUCUGGGCGACAGCCCCACAGCUAGGGGGACGCCAGCUUAGCUAGACUCACGGAGUCAAGCUGGUCUCUGGUGACUGUAAACCGAGGAUGCAGGUGAACUCUAACCCCGCUCCUCCACUUCUCCAAUGCUAGGGCUCCAGGGCUCUGUGCAUGCUAGGUCUAUCAGCAUCUUUGUCCAUCAACAUUCAGUCUCUUACAAGAAACAAGGGAAGAGUAUCAGGAGUUCUCCAGGAAACUCUCACUGAGUAAGGGAAUCUAUGGGGCACCAAAACAACCUCCUGGAAUCCCUAUAGGAGAUCAAAGGUACAGCCACUAGCCAGGCUGCUUAGCAGCUGCUGCCUGGCAUCAGCUUCAAUGGCCUUCCUGAGUCCUGAAUGGAAAAUGGAUAACACCUAAGGAACAUGGUCCUUAGACCUUUAAAAAUCCUUUUAUACUGCCAGUCAUUUUCCUCAAGUAUACUAAAUCACUGAUUUACCUAUUUUACAAAAGAAAAUGUAAAUAACCAAAUAAAGUCAUUUUGAAGUUGAA